CUGAAGCGAGCCUGUCGCCUUUGCCUGGUGGCCCGCGGCCCUUCAGGGAGCCGCCGCUUGCUGCAUGCGCCGUCCUGCCUGUGCGGGAUCAACGCUGCGCCCGUGCCGCCGCCGUGCCAUCCUCGAGCCAUAGUGGGUCACGGAGUUCCCAGGCGCGCGUUUAGGCAAUAUGUCGACCCAGGAGGUGAAGCUCUUUGGACGGUGGCCGUACGAGGAUGUUAACGUCACGGACUUGAGUUUGGUGGACUACAUUGCCGUCAAGGCAGGGUCGCACACCUACCUGCCGCACACCCAGGGCAGGUACCAGGCGAAGCGAUUCCGGAAGGCGUUGUGCCCCAUCGUGGAGCGCCUCUGCUGCUCCAUGAUGAUGCACGGCAGGAACAACGGCAAGAAGCUUAUGGCCGUGCGUAUCGUGAAGCACGCUUUCGAGAUUAUCAACCUGCUCACCGAUAAGAACCCCAUCCAGGUCUAUGUGGACGCCGUCAAGAACGGUGGGCCGCGUGAGGACUCCACCCGCGUCGGCUCCGCCGGCGUCGUCCGGCGCCAAGCCGUGGACGUGUCCCCACUGCGCCGCGUCAACCAGGCGAUCUACUUGAUCACCACAGGCGCCCGCAACAGCGCCUUCCGCAACAUCAAGUCCAUCGCCGAGGCGCUGGCUGACGAGAUCAUGAACGCGGCGAAGGAGUCGUCGAACAGCUACGCGAUCAAGAAAAAGGCCCGUGCGGCAUGGCACCGGGAAGCUGGGUGCACCUGACGAGGCUAGCCUGGGCGAUUUGUGGACACGUGGCCACACAUCUUUCCAGCACUCGCCCGUCGUGCCGGCGGGCGUGCCCUGUCCUCCGCACGUGCAUGUUGCGCGUGCCCUCCGCAUGUCCUGCAAACGGAUCGCGCCGUGUGCGUCGUUUUGGCUGUCUGCUAAGUCCCGUGAGGAGAAGGAGGAGGAGG